AUGGGAAGCCAGACAAAGAAGGAUGUAGCUCUUUCACUAUGAAACCUGAUAAUCCUCUGCUGGUCUGUGAUGCUCUCCCACGCCCAGGCUCCGCCCUCUCUCUCUCUCCCAGCCCGAAUCACUGUCUCCCCUCCAUGGCACUCUCUCCCUCUCUCUCAGGGUGACCUGGGCCUGCUUUUCACCAACUCCAGCCCCUUCUCCUUUACACAGUCCCUGCUGCUCAUGCCUCCUCUAGGAGCUGCCUCCAAGCCAGGCCUACGGGCUGCAUUUGGGCCUUACUCUGUCACUCAGCUUGUUUCUGAACCUAUUGCUCCUCUCUCCACACCUCUUGUUGCAUAUCUCCUUUCCAAAACGGUUGUGCGAGAAUGGGAAGCUGAAGGAGUGGAGAGAUUAAAGGUCAGAGUGCUGUUCCACAUGAGGGGCGAUGCAAACAGAGGAACAUGUGUGACUCUUCAUGCUUUUAAACAGACUGAGGAACAGAAAGCAUCCUGCAUCACUCAGGCUCCUCUCGGACUGUGUGUGGUCACCAUGACUUUUUCCAAGGACUGGUUUGAAUCUGACCCGACUACUCAUCAUCACCAGGGCAGCCAAACCUUCAGACAACGUCAUCCACACAGAAUCCGAGCUCGUAACCACAGCCGACGACAGCAAAACUUCUCAGCAGGCCUCAGGGCCAAACCUGGAACUUUAACAGAUAUGAUCCAGCUCUACUACUCUUCCUUCGGCACCCUGACCAACCUUAAGUUAUCGCCACCUAGAUGUGUGGAGGACAGGUUGCAGCAGCCGCAGAGGAAGCUCUACUACAUUGGAUCUGUGACUCUUGAGGAUAAAGCAAUGAAAAGUAACAAGACAAAGCAAGGCUUUUCCUGCUCAGACGAACUCAAAGAGGAGGAGCUAUGGCUGAAUUCAGAUGUGCUAGUGUGUUAUAAUAAAGGGCCUGUGCGAGCUGGACAACCAGUAGGAAUAUCAGUAUAUCUAAGAUCGAAUUUUAGUGGUGAAUCUGUCAUUGUGAGAUUUAAAGUGAAGAAAGGAUUACUGUCACUGCAAGCCCAACCUGCCAUGAACUCUGACCUGUGGACUGUUAAAGUGGAGAGGACAUCAGGCUCCAAACAUGAAACGAUUUCUAUAAUCUGUCAUAGGACUGGUACUGUUCUGGACACACAUGGCACCGAAACUCUGCGACAGGUGGCCUGUCUCUCAGUGGAGGGCUUACGCAGGAGCUUUGGAGUUGCAAUGACGGUUGCAGCUAGCUGGUGGGUGGAGGACUCCAUGCACAACAGCUUAGUAUCACCACAUGGUGCAGUGAUGAGCUUCCUCUCCUUUACAGACAGAGACAUAGUGGGCAUUGCCCCCAUCACAGAGAGCAACACAAUAAUAAACACGGCCAUCUUGACGAGCCAACCUGUUUCCCUCCCUGUUAUAGUACUGGGAGUGGGGCAUGAUGGGAAAGUAUCAGACAUUACUGCAGCAGUAAAGUGCCAAUCAACCAAUGAAGAUAUCGUCAAGGUGUCAAGUGAUUGCUCAGCCCUUUUUGUUGAUGGGAGUGAAUCUGGGAAAGGUAGUAUAUGUGUGGAAGUGGAGUUCUCUCUGGGCACCCUCAAGGCCUCUUUAUGCCUGGCUGUGUGGGCUCCAGUGGUUCCUCUCCGUAUCUCUCUCUCUGAUGCUGUCCUGAGCCCCAUCAGUGGCUGGAGCUACUACACAGACAGCGGAUGCAAUCCAGUCUAUCAAAGAUCCACCAUACAGAUCCUUGCACAAUUCAGUGCCCAAGCAGUGGUUCCAGGGGGCCAGCCAACCUACAUGCUUGGAUCACCUGAUUGGUUUGUAGACGUAACAAACCUGGUUCGUGAUUGGCUGAGGAUAGACAACCCACGUGUUGCGGCUCUUGACAAGCAAAACCACCUAAUCGGCUUGGAACCUGGUUUUACUUCACUACAUGUGAUAUCAAAUCAGUGGGAUGGAGUGCUUGGCAGUGCUGAUGUCUUUGUGACCUCUGAACCAGUGGCCCCUGGUGACCUCUCUGUGCAGUUGGUGGGUGGGCUUGGUCUGUCAAUCAAUUUAAACCCUUCUCAUCCUUCUGUCAUCACAGCAACAGUGACUUCUCACAACACCCUUUAUAACCAUGGGCAGGAAGCAUCUGUCAGUGUUUGGCUACAGUUUGCUGAUGAUACUGCGACACUGGUCUCUGCAUUCAGUGGAGUCCCAUUUUCUCUACGCCUGACCUCAUUGGCUGAAUCUGUGGUUGUCGUAACGCCUGCUCCAUCACAGCGUGUCUUAGCACAAGGCGAUGGCGGAGGGCCUCUUGUGAAAGCGGAGCUUCUGGUGUCCACUUGUGAGCUCAUGUCGAACCACAUUGAGAUGGCUGGGGUCAGAGAAGGUGGUGGGAAUCGAAGACUGGCUAAAGGCUCUGGUUGGAUAAGGGUGAAUCUAGAUACAGACCUAUGGCCUCUAGAAAGUGAAGAUGCUGACUUUGAGAUGACUGAUGCUUCUGAUAUGCUCGUAGAGUCAGAAAAGGACGUGUAUGGAAAUUCUGAAGAGGAGCAAACAUCACUGAACUCCUCUAAAGACUAUGAAGACAAUGCUGGCAAUGGCAUGGUUGCCAGGAAUGACCUGGAGAGGGCGGUACUGACCCCCAACCACGAGGAAAGUGCGGUCUAUUUUUCUCCUGGGGCAGAGAAAGAGGGUACGGAAGGAAAAACUGCCAGUCGAGAGAUGGAAGUAGGAGUUGGAGCAGUUCUUUCUCUCCUCUGUCUCUCAUCCCUCCUGUUUCUCGUAAACUGCCUGCCAUGCGCAUUGAGGGAACACAAGAAGCGACAAAGAGAACGAGAAAUAAAGGCAGAAAUGGAGUGUAGUGUGGAGCAGGAUGAGGAAGGAAAGGAUUUACAGAAAAGACAGGCUGUGAUUAUGAGAGUAGAAGAGAACGAAGAGACUUGUUGUGUCAAGUCACAAGUUUGA